AUGCAGGUCUUCAUUGUGGCACUGGUGCCGCUACUUGUGCUUAUACUUGAGCGGGUCAACGGCCAGCAAUGUUCCUCACUUUGUAAAUGCCCAAAGGAUCCACCAAAAUGUACACCCGGAGUGCGGCUAGUCUUGGACAACUGCGCCUGCUGCCGAGUUUGUGCCAAGCAAGCAGGGGAAGUCUGCACCGUAAACGAUAUCUGUGAUUCGCACCAAGGGCUGCAGUGCGAUUACAGCGCCGAUACACGACAAGGAGUCGGUAUUUGUUUAGCACAUGAAGGUAAUAUUUGCAUGUAUGAUGGAGUUGUCUAUCGAAAUGGUGAAACAUUUCAGCCAAGCUGCAAAUACCAGUGCUCCUGUAAAGAUGGUCUGAUCGGCUGUGUGCCACGUUGUAAUCUGGAUGUUCUUUUGCCUGGGCCUGAUUGCCCAUUUCCUAAACAAGUACAGAUGCCAGGAGAGUGUUGUGAGCAAUGGGUUUGUGACCACAAACAAGAAGCUCCUAUUGAAGGAUUUUUACUGGCAGCUCACAGACAGGAGGCAGCCUAUGAGUUGGAUUCACUUAACUGUAUACAGCAGACUACACAAUGGAGCGCCUGCUCCAAAACCUGUGGCAUGGGCAUUUCUACUCGUGUAACUAAUAAAAACCACCAGUGUGAUAUGAUAAAGCAAACACGGAUUUGUGAAGUUCGACCAUGUGGUGAUUACAAAGUCACUUUAAAAAAAGGGAAAAAAUGUGUUCGAACACCAAAAGCAACAAAACCUACAAGAUUUGAAUACGAUGGCUGCCUAAGUGUCCAGUCAUACAAACCUAAAUAUUGUGGAGUUUGCAAUGAUGGAAGAUGCUGCACCCCUCACAGCACCAAAACAACCCAGCUGGAUUUUAAAUGUGCAGGAGGAAUAAUUGUUCAAAAACAAAUGAUGGUAAUCAUCACAUGUGCCUGUCAUUAUAAUUGCCCACAAGACAACACUGUAUUCCAAGCAGACCAAAUAUCUGAUUCCUAAGUAUUUUAUGGUUGAGAAGCCAACAGUGGUUACUGCAGCAGUAUUUCUAUGAUUUAAGUGGGUUUUAACUACAGUUAACAUGCUUUCAGUUUGCCCCUUGAUUUUGAAGAUACUUGAACAUUUUUAUUGAAUUAUGUAUUUAAACAAUGUUCUUGCCUCCUAGGUUGUAAAUAGAAAACAUACUUCUUGGUAUGAAUCAACAUGAGAAUUGUACCUGUACAGUUGCAUAUUAAAUGGUUGUUUAAAAUAUAUUUUUUAUAAAAACACCACGCAUGUCUUGAGUUGCCAUGUCUAAUACAAAUCUGAAAUUAUUGUGCAGGCUAAAGUCUGAAGAAACAAUCAACUAAAUUAGGAUCUCUGGAAUUGAGACCCUAGUGCAUAAGUUGUCCAUUAUCCAACUUGCCUGUUAUUUCUACAAAGAGCUCUAAUUUAGUUAAGCAUGAUUAUCUUUUGCAAAACCGCAUUGACUGACUCUGUCUGAUCCUAUUGCAAUAUAUACAUCUCCAAAUCCAAUGAUGCCAAAUUUUCAGUGAGUUGGAUGAUUGUGUCCCUUUUUACUACUUAGUGGAAAGUUUUAUGCCAAUAUUUGGUUUGCUGAUAAAUGCUGUGGGAAGAAACCAUGUGCUUCAC